CAAGGGGAAAUCCGGCGGCGUGCACUCCCCGAAUGGAGAUGAAGAAAUUUGGGAAGAUGUACUCUCUGUUGGUGGAGGUGAUGCUAGAGCAUGCUCAAAUGGAGGAAAAAAUUGUGUUUCCAAUCCUGGAAAAUGCUGAUCGAGAUUACACAUUGCAGGAGGACUCAAGGCAACACUUUUGGGAGGAAGAAAAGAAGUUACUUCCGCUAUUAUCAGAAGCCGCAGAAUUGGGUAAAGUGAAGCAAGCCAAAUUAGUGGGGCAGUGUUUGGACGCAAUGCAAGGAACUCACUCAAAUCUCUUCCGUUUCUUCAUGGAGGGCUUCCUUCCUGCGGACGCAAUGCAGUAUAUGAACAUCAUUGCCAAGUGCAGUGACAAAGAGAGAGUGUCAAGGCUUUUCAGUUUGAUUGUUGAGAAAGAGAAUAGCUUAGGUUGGGCCAUUAGCAAUCCAUUGGCAUAGACUUCAUCCAAUUCAUUCAUUCAAUGUGUAAUUGGAAAUUGGAUAACCGAUGGGCGUAACUCAAGUGGUAGCAAGGGAGUGACACAAGGUUUAGGUCCCGGGUUCGAAUCCCAUCAACUGCGAUGAGGAGUUACUAUGCUAAAAAUGCAUAGGGCUUCGGCAAAUACCGGGGACAGAGCGCCACUCGAUCUCUAUCUAUCAGAUUGGAAUUAUAGUCCAAUUUACAUCCUCCCAACGUACCGUCCGGGAUGGGGUUUGGAAAUUGGAAUGGUAGGUAAGAGUUGAAAUCUUUUUAUUACAUUAAUUAAUUUAUUAACAUUUGACUAUUCAAGAUGUGUGAUACACAGUGGUCCAUGAAAAUUGGUACUAAAUGCAGAAAAUUUGUGCAUCUUUCGUUGGCUUCUUCUAAAUUUCAAUGUUCUUAUAUUAACUCUAAA